GAAGUUGGGAGAAAUGGGUAGAUUUUAUAAGAAGUGGCUAAUUCUUAAAUGUUGUCAGGGAAAGCUAACCUUCCACAAUUUCAAAGAGGACACUGUAAGAGGGGAACGCUCAUGGGGAACAGAAGAUUCGUUUUACAAAGAAAACACAAAGAGAACAACAAAAUUGCAGGUGCUAUCACAAUCAGCAUGGCCUACUCUCACAUCAACAUGACCAACCGCUCCAACUCCAGCUCUCUCUGUCGAUUUAACGAAGACUUUAAAUUCAUUCUCCUUCCCGUCAGCUACGCCCUGGUUUUCGUCAUUGGUCUGGCGUUGAACGCCACAGCUCUUUUUGUGAUGGUGUUCCGUACGAAGCGAUGGAAGCCUUCCACCAUUUACAUGUUCAACCUGACGAUGUGUGACACACUCUACAUCUUCACUCUUCCCUUCCUCAUCUUCUACUAUGCCGACGAGAACGACUGGCCCUUCAGUGAGCCGAUCUGCAAGCUGAUACGCUUCCUGUUUUAUGCCAACUUGUAUGGUUCUAUUCUAUUCCUCUGCUGCAUCAGUCUCCAUCGGUUUCUGGGUAUCUGCCAUCCCGUCCGCUCGCUCAGCUGGGUCAGUUCUCGUCGGGCCAGGCUGGUGUCUGUAGCAGUGUGGGCAUGUGUUUUAGUCUGCCAGGCUCCAAUUCUCUACUUUUCGAGAACAAGGGAUGCAAAGACAGAGCGAAUCUGCUAUGACACCACCAGCCCAGAGCUUUUUGAUGACUUCCUGGUGUACAGCUCUGUCGUGUCAGUGAUCAUGUUUGUCUUGCCCUUCAUGGUGGUGAUGGUUUGCUACGGCCUCAUGGUUCGGAAGCUUCUGGAGCCCGACUGGGGAGCUAAUGAGAGAGGUGAAGGUGAAGGAGGCGGUCUGAAGGCACAACAGUCAAAGCAGAAGUCUGUGAAGAUGAUCAUUAUUGUGCUGGCAAUGUUCAUGCUGUGCUUCCUUCCUUUUCACCUGACGAGAAGUCUUUACUAUUCAUUUAGAUACCUGAGACAGGUGAAUCCAUCACAGAUCAGCUGCAGUUUGCUGGAGGCUUCCAGUGUGGCCUACAAGGUGACGCGACCUUUGGCCAGCGCAAACAGCUGCGUGGACCCCAUCCUUUACUUCCUGGCGGGACGGGACGCUCGCAGCACUCUCACCAAGAAGGGCAAACUGUCCUCACAGAAACCGACCAUGAGGCAUUGUUUGACCUCAAAACUCUGAUCCCCUGUUCUAAGAUUUGAGUGGAUUCAUUCUUAAGCAGUUUUUUUAAGCAGUUCAGAUAGUUGGAACAUCUUCUGGCAUUUU